AUGGCCUCCGACGGCCACCCGCCGGAGCCGGGGAAGAAGGAGGAGGUCGCCUCCACGGCUGCCGGGCCUGGAGCCAACGAUCUGGACGACCCGGACCCGCAGUUCAUGUGCUGCGUCUGUCUGGAUCUUCUGUUCAAACCAGUUGUUUUAUUGUAUUGUGUAUCCUGUUUGUCGUCCUUGAAUGAGGAAACACUGAAAUGCCAUGUUUGUGGAAGUCUUCACCCUGGGGAUUUCCCUAAUGUUUGCCUGGACCUUGAUCAUUUCCUGGAAGAAUAUUUUCCAGCAGAAUAUGAAUCGAGAGGGCAGAAAGUUCAGUUUAAGAAGGAUCAGUGCAAUCGUGAAGCAUCAUCUUCAGGCAGAAAAGGAAGCACUAGGGCACUGCAUGAUGAGGACCUGUUAAAUAUUCACAUUUCAGUAGGAUGCGACUCAUGUGGGGUAUAUCCGAUACGUGGUAAGAGAUACAAAUGCCAGGACUGCACUGAGUUAAUUGGGUUUGACCUUUGCGAAGCCUGCUACAACUCCAGUUCAAAGCUCCCAGGACGCUUUAAUCAGCGGCACACCCCUGAUCAUAGAAUGGAAGUUGACAAUUCAUCACUCUUGCGAGGGAUACUGAGACAGCAUGGCAUACCCGAGGAAGGCCUUGAGGGAUUGAUGAUGGAAGAAGCGGUGGUUGCUCCUGCUGCACUGGUGCAGAUACCCAUUGAUCAUCAAGGAAUGGAGGAGGGCAAUGACGAGGGCCCAGGAGAGGCGGCCAUUGAAGAACCAGUUGGUGCUCCUGGCGCGAUGUUGCAUAUAGUCAUCCAUGAUCAAGAAAUGGAGGGCAACGAGGAGGAUCAGGCACUCUAG